CCUAACCCCCCACCCCACCCCACCCACCGUUCUUUUUGCCCUGGGGGCAUUACCCUGUUCCUUCCUCCUUCCCGUUUCAACAAUCCACAAAUAUCCAAGGAAUAUAGAACUGAUUCAUUUCCUCGUAUCCUCCGAAGCUUCGCAAUUAAGGGAGCCCCCCCAUCUCCCCUCGCCGAUUGAUUCUUCACCCCGUGUUGGCGGUGUUUCCGUCCGGUGAACGACGAGAGCGUUGCCGACGCCGGCGAUGACGGCUCCGGCGAUGAUUCAGAGCCUAAUCUAUUUCCUAUCGGAGCACCCUUCGAUCAUCACCUUCCGUUGGAGCCACAGCCGAUUGUGGGGCAGCACGUGGUCCUUCGUCUUCGCCGCGAUCGCCGCGUACGUCGCUUCCUCCCUCCUCCUCCACCGCCUCCUCCUCCUCCUCUUCCGCAGCCGCCGCCCUCUCCCUCUCGGCCCCAUCCCCGCCCUCCACUCCCUCUCCAUGACCCUCAUCUCCCUCACCAUCUUCACCGGCAUCCUCCUCUCCGCCGCCGCCGAGAUCCGCGACACCAGGUGGUUCUGGCGCCGCUCCCGGACCACCCCGUUCCAGUGGCUCCUCUGUUUCCCAAUGGGGACCCGGCCCUCGGGCCGGGUCUUCUUCUGGUCCUACGUCUUCUACCUCUCCCGAUUCCUCCACACCCUGGGGACAUUCUUCGCCAUCCUCCGCCGCCGGAGGCUCUCCCCGUUCCAGCUCCUCAACCACUCGAUCCCCAUUUUCAUGUCAUUCCUCUGGCUGGAAUUCUCCCAGUCCUUCCAAGUCCUCGCCAUCCUCCUCACCACAUCGAUAUAUUCCGUCGUCUACGCCUACAGAUUCUGGACGGCGAUCGGGCUCCGGAGCGCGUGCUUCCCGUUCGUGGUGAACUGCCAGGUGGUGCUCCUGGGGUGCAACAUCCUCUGCCACAUCGGAGUCCUGCUGCUCCAUUUCAUCAAAGGCGGCUGCAACGGAAUCGGAGCUUGGGUUUUCAAUUCCGUCCUCAACGCCGCCAUUCUCUUGCUCUUCCUGAAUUUCUAUCUCAAAAUGCAUCUUCCCCAGAUCAGAAGAAACAAUGGCUGCGUGGCUGUCAAAGACAAGGGUACUUGACCGUCUUUUCCUGGCUACUGUUACUCCAUUUUACACUGUAAAUUUGGCCUUGAGAUGGGAUUUGUCAUUUGUGUAUUUUCUUGGUCUUAAAAUUAACUUUUCAAGUUGACUUCGUGCAUUUAGAGCUAAUGUCAAUAAUUUGGAACUAAGUGG